AUGGCGGCGGCAGGCGGGCACGGCAGCAGCAUGGCACAGGCGGCAGCGCCCACGGCGCACAGGAAGAAGAGCGUCUCCAUCGAGCAGAAACUCGACAUCAUAAGCGCCCUGGAGAGCGGCGAGGGGAAGGCCGAGGUGGCGGCCAAGUUCGGCGUCAAGAGGAACUCGCUGUGCGCCAUCGUGAAGAGCAAGGAGAGGCUUCUGGAAGCCCUCGGGUCGCUGGGGUUCGACCCGCAGCGGAAGCGGCUGCGUACGGCGCUGCGCGGCGAGCUCGAGGCGGCCCUCGCGCGCUGCCCCGGCCGCUACCGGCCCGGGGACGUGUUCAGCCUGCAGGAGACCGCGCUGCUCUACCAGCUGCUGCCGCGAGGCACGUUCUGCGUCAGGGGGGAGGCCUGCUCCGUGGGCGAGCUCAGCCGAGAGAGGGUGACCCUCGGCGUGGGCACCAACGCCGACGGCUCCGAGAAGCUCCCGCUGCUUGUUAUCGGGAGGAGCGGAAGCCCACGCGGCUGCCGGGCCGCGGAGUCGCUCCCGGUGGAUUAUGAAGCGAACGAGAUGGCCUGGAUGACCGCAGAGGUGUUUGAGCGGUGGCUGCACAAGCUCGACGAGCGGUUUCAGGCACAGCAGCGGCGGGUCGUUGUUCUUGUGGAUCCUGUGCCGGCCCACGUGGAGGUGAAGGGCCUGAAGGCCAUUGAGCUGGUGCUGUUGCCCCCAGACACCUCUUCGUGUGUCGCGAUGCAGCGCGGCGUCAUCAGGAGCUUGAAGGUUAAAUACAGGCACUGCCUGAUCAAGAGGUUCGUUGACUGCGUGGUAGGCGAUAAAGAGUUCGUGUUAACUCUUCACGAUGCCGUCGAGAUGCUGCAGCUGUGCUGGGSGAAAGUCACUCCAGAGACGAUAGUUAAAAGUUAUAAGGAAGCAGGAUUCCAGGUAGAGACAGAGGAAAGUGGCAGAAAGGACUCGGAGGCUGAGGGUGACUGUGAUGUGGUGGCGCAUGCGCUGGCAGCCGGAGUGGAGUUCCCGGAGGGCUUGUCCUUGGAGGAGUAUGCAGCUCUGGAUGAUGGCCUGGCAACCUGCGACAUGUCCUCAAGUUAUGAAAGGGUGUUGCAAAGUGUCAAAGACAGCACUUCAGAUAAAGCUGGGACAUUUACUGAUGAUGAAGGCGAUGAUGAAGGCGAUGAUGAAGGCGAUGAUGAAGGCGAUGAUGAAGGCGAGGAAUCUCUGUUGGCCGAGCAGCCCUUGCCAUCAAAAAGUGAAGCUCUGAGUGCUUUAGAUACUCUGCGAAGGUUUCUCGGGAGUCAGGAGGUGAAUGAUUCUCUUGGUGAUUCCCUAGCCCUCCUGGAGGAUUUUAUUCAACAUGUAGCAUAUGAAUAAAUACAGCUAACAAAACAUGCAUUUGAACAAAGGAAUUUAACUUAAGCAUUAACACAAAUAUGGCACCUUGCAUCAGGUGUUGCUGCAAAGUUCUCUAGYAUGUCUUGCUCAGGUGCCAAGCUCUGCUUAAUAAAUGACAUCUGAAAUUACCAAAAAAGGCUGUGAACUGCAGUUAGCAAUAAAACAAAGUGCUUAAGACUGUCUUCAAACGAGUGUA